AGAGGUAUCAAAUUUAUACCAGACACCACUAUCAAAGAAGAAAAAUAUUAGGAGGAGGAAUCGUUAGCCAAUUGGAUUGUGGAAGUGCAUAAAAUAAACGCAAUUGAUGCCAUCUCCGUUUUCUUGAUAAAAAAGUCAAUACAAGAGAGCAGAAGUGUCAUUUCUGGAACACGAAGCAAAACCCAGUUUCAAACACCUGUUAAGCUUAUUCGGCUAUCUUUGAUUGUGUUAAUAAAGGAAGGAGGCAAUGGGAUCAAUGUUCAGUUCACCUCAGUUUACCAAAGAACAAAUGGAGAUCGCUCUUACCAAAGCCAAGCAGAUCGUUUCCUCUAAUCCUGUUGUUGUAUUCAGUAAAACAUACUGCGGAUAUUGCACGAGGGUGAAGCAACUUCUUUCCCAGCUUGGUGCUACUUUUAAAGUUAUUGAACUUGACCAGGAAAGUGAUGGAGAUGAGGUACAACAAGCAUUACUAGAAUGGACUAGGCAGAGGACUGUGCCUAACGUGUUUAUUGGGGGAGAACAUGUUGGUGGCUGCGACAGCGUAUUAGAGAAGCAUCAACAGGGAAAGCUACUUCCCAUGCUGAAGGAUGCCGCUGCUAUUCCCAACAAUCCUGCCAAAGUCUAGAAAACAGUAGUUGUUAUGCUGACAAUAAAAAUGAAGUUGAGAGUGCUGUAACUUAACUGCCUCCUCUCCUCUAGUUUGGGUUGUUUAAUAAGACGUUGGAUUUCAAGUUCCUUUUUCUGUUCUUCCCUUGCCUCAGUCUCCUAAACAUUUCCUUUUAGUACCUAUUUUCCAUUUUUAACUUGCCAUCUGUUCCGUUGGGAAAUAUAUAUUGUAGAUUCGCGUGUUUCCGGCAAGAGUAAAUUUGUCACUUGUGU